AGGCUCAUUUGGAGGAAAGGGUUAGAUAAGCAAGGGGAGAUUGUGUCAAGAGGGAGGGUGGCCAGAGCAAAGGGACCACUGAGUCUUCUCCUGGGGUGGCGAUUCCAUGAGAGAAUCUGGACGGUGGUGGUGGCGGCUGCUGCUACCCGGGGAGGGAGCAGAGCCCAACUCGCCACUAGCCGCAUGGGGGCUUCAGCGAUGCAGGCGAACCUGGGGGCGGCGCUGCUCGCCCUGGCUCUGUGGGCACUUUGUUCCCCGACGCUGAGCACGGAAGGCAAACGGAAACUCCAGAUCGGAGUCAAAAAGCGCGUAGACAAUUGUCCCAUCAAGUCCCGCAAGGGCGACGUGCUCCAUAUGCAUUACACGGGAAAACUGGAAGACGGGACGGAGUUUGAUAGCAGCUUAACUCGCCAUCAGCCCUUUAUCUUCUCCUUGGGCACCGGACAAGUCAUCAAAGGCUGGGAUCAGGGCCUGCUUGGGAUGUGCGAGGGUGAGAAGAGGAAGUUAGUCAUUCCCUCUGAGCUGGGUUAUGGAGAUCGGGGGGCACCACCCAAAAUCCCAGGCGGCGCCACGUUAAUUUUUGAAGUUGAGCUGCUGAAGAUUGAGCGUCGGCAAGAACUAUAGCUACACAUCUCUUCCAGGAAGAGUGGGCUCGUGGGGAGGGGCAUGCGUGAGAGAGAGACGGACAGACAGGCCGGGGAAGGAUCCGGAGAAGGGUUUGUCGAUCGUAGAUGGGCCAAAUAAAAAAGCACAGACCA